UUCUUGCUGCUGAUAAGGCCAACAACACAAGCCAGUCGUUGUAAUGAUUUUUGUCUUGAUCAAGAAAGAGAAGGGACGAGCAUAUUUGGUUUGUACUUUUAGAAUAACUUCAAAAGAGUCCAAGGUUAUAUUCAGAAACAUUUAAUCAGCUUAAUUAAUCAUGCCACCAAUUCUUCUUUUCACUUUGAAAUAUUCAUCCCUGAGAGAAUAUCUCGGGUAGUUUUUCUCACAGAUGUCCUCUGUCCAUUAGGAGCGAGCAACUAAGUGACCCCCGGCUGGGAAGCGCAUUGGGCGGGCUGCAGAGCCACGAGAAGACGGGGGAGCUUGAAUCUUUUAUCGGAGGAAUGCCCACGUUGCAGAGAGAACGAUUGUGACACUGCUGCUUGCUCCUGCAUGGCCGCACAUUUCUCCACUCGACUCCCCGUUUGCAUCGGCCAAGAGGACAUAAAACAAGGUGGGGGACGCUGUGCUCUUUUUAGCCGGGUGCCGCUGCGCACAUUCGGUGCGCUCCUGCAGACUGACUGCGCCCAGGCUGCGGUCAGCGGAGCUCUCCAUGCAUCCGAGCCGCAAAUAGACACUUUCCUCCGGCGGGAUUCCACGCAUCGACGCCCUUUUAUAAUCCAUUAUUGUUUCACUCCGAGCCUCGAGUGAAAGAAGAGCACAAAAACAGCCUCAUCUGCAAGUUUACGCGCGUCGACUGUGCAGCCUCUGCACGAUGGCGGUGACGGCGAAAGCGGCGCUGCUUCUCCUGAUUGUCACCGUCUCACAAACAGCCUUUUGUGCAGAGGUGGAGGAGCGUCUGGUGGGUCACCUGUUGUCGGGUGACCGCUACAACAAACUGAUCAGACCGGCCGUCAACAACAGCCAGCAAGUCACCAUUUACAUCCAAGUGUCUCUCGCUCAGCUGAUCAAUGUGAAUGAGAGGGAACAGAUCAUGACCACCAACUGUUGGCUCACUCAGGUGUGGAACGACUACAGAUUAAUGUGGGACCCCGAUGAGUAUGAUGGCAUCAAGAAAAUCCGCCUCCCGACACAACACAUUUGGCUGCCAGACAUCGUCCUCUACAACAAUGCUGACGGCACCUAUGAAGUCUCCUUCUACUCCAAUGCUGUGGUCUCUAACAAUGGCGAGGUGGCCUGGCUCCCUCCCGCCAUCUACAAGUCGGCCUGCAAGAUUGAAGUCCGCGACUUUCCCUUUGACCAGCAGAACUGCACCCUUAAGUUUCGCUCGUGGACGUACGACCACACUGAGAUCGACCUCAUCCUCCUGAGUGACUUUGCCAGCCGCGACGAUUUCAAACCCAGCGGCGAGUGGGAUAUUGUGUCACUGCCAGGACGCAAGAAUGAAGACCCAGAUGACAUCAGGUACCUGGACAUCACUUAUGACUUCAUCAUUAAGAGAAAACCUCUCUUCUACACCAUCAACCUGAUCAUCCCCUGUAUCCUGAUCACAUCUUUGGCCAUUCUGGUCUUCUACCUGCCAUCAGACUGUGGUGAGAAGAUGACGCUUUGCAUCUCUGUGCUCCUGGCCCUCACUGUGUUUUUACUUCUUAUCUCAAAGAUUGUGCCACCCACAUCUUUAGCAGUGCCUCUGAUCGGGAAGUACCUGAUGUUUACUAUGGUGCUGGUCACCUUUUCCAUCGUCACCAGUGUUUGUGUGCUCAACGUCCACCAUCGCUCCCCUAGUACGCACACCAUGCCUCCUUGGGUCAAACGCAUCUUUAUGUAUCAACUUCCCUCGUAUCUUUUCAUGCGAAGACCUGGCAGAUCCAACAUACGUGAGCGGUUCCGGAAAAAAUACCAACAACAAUCGUACUCUGAGAAGAAAGCGGGUGCAGAUGCGGGGACAGGUUCUGUGGGACUGGCAGACUCCUCGUCAUCCUUCUACGUCAACGAGGAGUCGGCCAAACGCUGGCCGUUCAGCGACUUUGCCGACAACACAGAGUUCAGGAAGAGGACGACACUGAAAAGCAGCAUUGAUGUGGAGGAUGCCGUGGAUGGCGUGCGCUACAUUGCCGACAAGAUGAAGAGUGAGGAUGACGAUGAAGGGAUCAUUGAGGAUUGGAAGUACGUGGCGAUGGUGAUUGACCGCCUCUUCCUGUGGAUCUUUGUUUGUGUAUGUGUGGCGGGAACCGUGGGCCUCUUCAUGCAGCCUCUGUUCCAGAGUUACAACACCCCCAUUGUUGAAGACAUGGACCAGAACUGAAGGGUGACACCUGAACUUGGAAAAAAAGUCUACCUUAAUUCCUACCCUCCUCUUCAAAGCGCCAAGCCAAUCUUUUUAUCACAUGACCUUACUUAAAGUAUGUCCUCCUCACCUGACACUCUGAUGCACUUUAGCCCUCUUCCUCCAGCACCUAUUCGCCACCUGACCUCACUCUCCAGCCUUUUCAACCUCAACUUGUCCUGCCAUAUUCUGAUCCAACAGGAGAUAUAAGAUGUAUCUAGUUUUGAUGAAGAAAUUGCUGAGUUUGUUGGUCUCAGUUGAUCCAAGUCAGUAAUAGUGUAACUCAGGUUUACAGGUUUUUGCUUUGGGACCAAUUUUAGCAUCAUUGGGUCAAAAUUGAGCUUCCUUUUAUGACCCCCUGAUUCCAUUAUUAAUUCAUAUUGACAUUACCUUGUAACCUAGUUCAUCUUAAGGGUGUUUGAGGGCAUUUAGGUCAAGUUUUUUUUUUGGCAUCAAACCCAUUCAAGCAUCAAGCAUCAUGACUGUAUUGUGUGGUGUAUAGGUGUAUACUGUGUGUGUGUGUAUAUAUAUAUAUAUAUAUAUAUAUAUAUAUAUAUAUAUAUAUAUAUAGUGGGCACUGACAGUAUUCAGACCCCCUUAAUUUUUUCACUCUUUAUUAUAUUGCAGCCAUUUGCUAAAAUCAUUUAAGUUUAUUUUUUCCCUCUUUAAUGUACACACAGCACCCCAUAUUGCCAGAAAAAAACCAGAAUUGUUGACAUUUUUGUAGAUUUAUUAAAAAACAAAAAACUGAAAUAUCACACAGCCAUAAGUAUUCAGACACUUUUCUGUGACACUCAUAUUUAAUUCGGGUGCUGUCCAUUUUUUCUGAUCAUCCUUGAGAUGGUUCUACAUCUUCAUUAGAGUCCAGUCGUGUUUGAUUAUACUGAUCAGAGUCAGAAUCAUCUUUAUUUGCCAAGUAUGUCCAAAACACACAAGGAAUUUGUCUCCGGUAGUUGGAGCCGCUCUAGUACAACAGACAGUCAAUUUACAGAACACUUUGGAGACAUAAAGACAUGGACAAAAAACAAUUCUGCAAAAAGAUGCAGAGUCCUCUAGCACUUAGAGCAGUUCGAAUGACUAAUAUUGCAAUAGUCCGGUGCAAUGACCAUUGUGCAAAGGGCGCUGAGACUUCAAGGAGUGUAUGCGGUUUAAAGUGACGAGUAGUGCAAUAAUCUGGGACAAUGUUGGUUGUGCAAAUGUUACAUAUACUCCUCAAUCAGUGUGCAAAUGGAGCAGAUGCUACUCUGGCAUGAGUGGCCAGUAUAUGCAAAUAGUGCAGCAUGGCGAGACAACUACAGUGAGUGCACGAGUAAUACAUAAUUGUCACAGAAAUGUGACAACGAACUCAAGUCAAAAAAUUGCCAGCUUGUUGUAAUGGAAUUAUAGGUUAGCUGUUUAAGAAGUUGAUUGCAAGAGGGAAGAAGCUGUUGGAAUGUCUACUAGUUCUAGUUUGCAUUGAUCGGUAGCGCCUACCUGAGGGAAGGAGCUGGAAGAGCUGGUGACCGGGGUGCGGAGGGUCCGAGAGGAUUUUGCACGCCCUUGUCUUAGUUCUGGCAGCGUGCAAGUCCUCAAGGGUGGGUAGGGGGGUACCGACAAUCCUUUCAGCAGUUUUGAUUGUCCGUUGCAGUCGGAGUUUGUCCUUUUUUGUAGCAGCACCAAACCAGACUGUGAUGGAAGAACACAGGACUGAUUCGAUGACCGCUGUGUAGAACUGUCUCAGCAGCUCCGGUGGCAGGCCGUGCACUCUCAGAAGCCGCAGGAAGUACAUCCUCUGCUGGGCCUUUUUGAGGACGGAGUUGAUGUUAGUCGCCCACUUCAGGUCCUGAGAGAUUGUAAUUCCCAGGAACUUGAAGGUCUCGACGGUUGACACAAGGCAGCUGGACAACAUGAGGGGCAGCUGUGGCGAAGGAUGCCUCCUGAAGUCCACGAUCACAGUCUUGCGCGCGGUAUGUGUGGAGAAAACCAGGUACUGCUCAUCACCUGUCCAAUACAUUCCCAACAAUGAAGCAUGGUGGUGGCAGCAUCAUGCUGUGGGGGAUGAAAACCUUCUCCAGAGUGCUCAGGACCUCAGACUGGGCUGAAGGUUCACAUUCCAACAAGUACAAUGACCCAAAGCACACAGCUAAAAUAACGAAGGAGUGGCUUCAGAACAAUUCUGUGACUGUUCUUGAAUGGCGCAGCCAGAGCCCUGAUUUAAACCCAAUUGAGCAUCUCUGGAGAGAGCCGAAAAUGGCUCUCCACCAACAUUCACCAUCCAACCUGACAGAACUGGAGAGGAUCUGCAUGGAGGAAUGGCACAGAAUACCCAAAUCCAGGUGUCAAAAACUUGUUGCAUCAUUCCCAAAAAGACUCAUGGCUUAGCUCAAAAGGGUGCUUCUACGAAACACUGAGCAAAGGGUCUGAAUACUUAUGGCUGUGUAAUAUUUCAGUUUUUCUUUAAUAAUAAAUCUGCAAAUGGCUGCAAUAUAACAAAGACUGAAAAUUUUAAGGGGGUCUUAAUUCUUUCUGUACCCACUGUGUGUGUGUGUGUGUGUGUAUAUAUAUAUAUAUAUAUAUAUAUAUAGAGAGAGAGAGAGAGAGAGAGAGAGAGAGAGAGAGAGAGAGAGAGAGAGAGAGAGAGAGAGAGAGAGAGAGAGAGAGAGAGAGAGAGAGAGAGAGAGAGAGAGAGAGAGAGAGAGAGAGAGAGAGAAACUAAAAAUCAUUUAAUCAUUCUCUCAUUAUUGUGGCAUUUAGCAAAGAGAAAUAAUUUUGGUAAUCCUAAUUGACCUAAAACAGGAAACAUUUAGUCUGAUUUCAUGUCAGACAGGCAGGGGAAAAAGACAUGUCUUUUUACAUAGUCAUGGCUACUGGCCAUGACUGUAAAUAAAUAUUCAAAAUCUUAGGUAAGAGAACAAGCGUGUCUUUUUGACAUUUACAAAGUUCAAUAAAUUACUGAGACAUGUUCGUCACCUGCAAAAAAGUACAGUGUAGCUGUUUUCAGUGGCCCAUUUUAAGAAUGGCACCAAUGAGCUUGGUUAUGUUUUUAUUUCUUUCAGCAGUACAGAUAAGCUUCCUCACAGUAAUUAAUUGGGAGGCAAAUUAAAUCAUGUCAGUUUUACUUAAACCUGUGCACUGGAGGUGCACAAACCUAACUAACAGUAUCUCAGGACCUUGUUCUGUUUUGACUUUGGACUUUGGAUUCUUUUCUACUCUCCUGCUUAAAGCCCUAUUUUUCUUUCCGAAGAGCUCAAGGACAAAACCCAAAAAAAAAACAAAAAAAAAAACAAAUUAAGAACUUAAACAGCAAACACAUUGUGGCAGUAAGGGAACAAAAAAUGUGGAUACACUCCUUGUAGCAUGAAUGUUGUAUUAUUACGAUGGAAGAGCAGUUUCAGUUUAUGAAGUUACUCCCUCACACACACGUUGGUUUGUGGACUUUGACUAGUGCACAACAAGCUGAGGGACCACUUGUGCAACUGUAAAAACACAAAACCAAUGACUAAUAGCUUCUCGCUGCAUCUUUUUAAAGGUCCUAAAGAAUAAUUUUGAAUAACUAUGACCAUCACAAAAGAAACAACAGGAAUAACAUUGUCAAAUAUUUUAUACUGGUAGGAACAAAUGAGCCAAACAGCCUCGCCUCUCUUGCUUUUCCUGUGUACAAUUUUUGUCUAUUCUCAGAGAUAAAUUCAAGUACUUAACAAUUCUAUAAAGAAGUAUAAAUUAUUGUCAUUACAUCUGCCACGGCAGCUGUGAGU